AUGGGCUCGUCAUCGUCCAAGCCAGCGCGCAAGCUCGGGUCAGAGGUCGCAUCCUCCGUCUCGAGGGCUGUGCCUUCCGCAGCCAAGCCUUCGGCGAAUCCUGCCCCUGCACCUCCGACAGGAAAGACCCGUGUGCCUCCGACCGAGUACGGAGCCUCGACCGCCAAGCAAGGAUCCCAAUACGCUCCCUCAGCCUCGACUCGACGAGAACAGGAAACACAGCGACAGCAGAGUCAAGCUAGCGAGACCAAGUCGGCCGACAUCAUGCGCGAUGCCUACGAUCCACAGUUCCUCCAGAACCUGUCGAGGUUAGGCCAGGUCAAGGUGCCUAAGAACGCGACCAACUACCAGCCCACGGAUCAAAUGCUGCGCAUCCUCGAAGCGCGGGAGCGGGCCAACCUGGACAACGUCUCGUCUGCCGACGUCCUCUCCUCCCCCUCCCCCUCUUCUACUCGUCAAUCCAAAGGCCCACCUCGCAUCCCAGCACACACAAUAACCCUCCUCCUCGACGACAGAAAACACUGCGAGACCCGAAAAGACCUCGACCGUCUGGCGCUGGAAUACGAUCUGCCGCUGGAAACCAUCGAAUCGCUCGCCAAGUUCUACAACUCACCGACGAUGGGCGAGGAGGUGCGCGACGAAGAGGGGGGCAAGCAGGAGGACCAGGCGAACAGACAGGACGAGCGGGCUCCACCCAAGGUCAGAGGUGUAUGGGUCACGCCUAAGCUGCAGAACCAGAUCAGCGCGUGA